AUGAAAGUGCAAACGAAAGGGCAAAUGAAAGGGCAAAUGAAAGGGAAAACGAAAGGGCAAAUGAAAGGGCAAAUGGCAAAUGAAAGGCCAAAUGAAAGGCCAAACGAAAGGCUAAACGAAAGGCUAAAUAAAAGGGCAAACGAAAGGACAAAUGAAAGUUUGAAUAAAAAGAGGGUGAAUGAAGGUACAAUCAAAAAGGUGAACGAAAAAGCAAAUAAAAGGGUGAACGAAAAAGCAAAUGAAAGGAUGAAUGUAAAGGAAAACGAAAGAGUAAAUGAAAGAAUGAACAAAAGG